UGAUGGUGUCGUCGUUGUCUUGUGGAGUGGCAGAAAGAUAUUUUAUUUUGGAAUUAAUUCUUUUUCGCGUUCUUUAAUUGCUUUUUUCUAAUGAUAUAACUACAACCACAAACCAUAACUCAGUAGCCAACUUAGUUGACACUGUCAGAUAUUCAAAAGACUGAAUUUUCCGAAAAAUAACAAUAGCAGUCACAGUCAACCUGCUGGCGAUUUCGUAUCAUUAAAUCUAAUUAAAUCAAAUUACUGGCAAAACUUUCUACCACGAAAAGAAUAGCAGCCCCAAAAAGCAACAAAGUCAAAGCCCCACUUGCAUUUAAAUAAAAAGUGCCACAUAAGAAACCCCGAAAAAACAUAAAACGCCGUCCAGUUAAUAGCGAGAGAAGAAAUAGAAAACGAGAGAAAGAAAGAGAGAGUGGGAUUAGUGGCACUUUGCUAGCAGGGGGCAGGGCGCAUUUCUUCACAGUUUUGCUUGGGACAACGACGACAAAAACCGAACACACACACAGACCAUGAACGGUCAGACGCCGACUGCGACUGCAGCUGGUGCUGGAGCAUCCAUGAAUGGUGGAGGAGGAGGGACAGACUUAUUCAUCACCCAUAUUGAUCAUGUUGGCCCCUAUCUCAAAAUCUUUGGCCAGGCGAAUCGGGAUGCCGCCUUUUUGGUCAGCACACGCAUUGAACAGGUGCUGCCCACAUGCUUUGCCAUUGAUCCCUCUUGGUCAUUGGAGCGACAGCAAGCUCUUCUCACGCCAAGCACACUUUGCGUAUUCAAGCGCACCAAGGGGCCAGCUCCCGGAGAUGUGGAAUACAUGCGAACACGCGUAGUUAGCGCUACUCCGGAUAAUGAGAGCGGUAUGAGCGUAAAGAUUGAUUUCCUAGAAUAUGGCUAUACCAAGACUGUUGAUAGUCAUGAUUUGAUGUUCUCGAAGCAACCGAAGCUUCUACAGAAUAUACCCCUCCUCUGCUCACAAUAUAUAGUACUGGGAAUUUGCUCUGAUUGGGAGAAGGCUAGUGAUUUGGCCACAGUACGUCAAUUGAUAGUCAAUCAAUUAGUUCGCAUCCAUGUGCAUAGCGAACAGAUUUGUGGCCAAAAAUUUGUAAAUGUCAACUGGAACGAUUUCGAUUUAACCGAAUUUCUAGUACAGCAAAAACAAAUCGGAGCUCCAGUGUCCACUAAUCUAAUGAUGGAUCAUUGCAAGAAACUGUGGAAAGAUGUUGGGCCGCCACAGUCGCCUGUGCUGGAGUUUAACAAUAAUAAUAUACACUCGAAAACCCCAACAGAUAUGGCCAGAGAACAAUUGGCCGCCAGACGUUCACUAGCCGCACGCUUGGAGCAGCAGCGCGGACCCAUAACGCCGCCAAGGCAUCUAAAUGUUGAUGCCCCCGACUAUGUACCAAAGUUACAAACUCCACUGGCCAAUGUGACCAAUGUGAUGCAGCCAUUGGCACAGACAGUACAGAAACCCGUGACAGGGCCAAUAAACCCUUACCAGAAUCGUGCCAAUUAUCAGCAGCAGCAACCUAUCGAGACAGCUGCUAAUCUUCCACAUGUGCCCAAAGCUAAUUUUAAUCCAAGAUCUGUGAAUAAUUUCUACAACGUGCGUCUCAACAAACCGAUGGAGCCGCCAUCUCUACCUUUAAUGCAUCAAUUGAAGUCAUCUCAGCCGGUGCUAAAUUAUACUCCAGCCCGCUUUACGCCUCCUCCCCAAGCGCUGAUAGCAGCAGCAGCAGCAGCGGCUGCGGCUCAUCAACCUCCAGCUCCGGCCCAAACACGUAUUAUUCCGGCUUUUCGAACGACAAGUCUUGCCGUGGGUACCAGCUACGAUGUCAUUGUGAGCUAUGUGGAGAAUGGUCCGCAUCUCUUUUGGGUCCAAUUGAAGAGUUCGGUGGAUGAGCUAACCCAAAUGAUGGGUAAAAUUGAACGCAUGCGUUUGCAACCGCUGACCCAAUUGCCCCAGGUGGGCACAGCGUGUGUAGCACGCUUCUCAGAGGAUGGUCAUUGUUAUCGCGCUCUGGUUAGUGCAACGCAUGCCCAACGUUAUCGUGUCGUCUAUGUGGACUAUGGCAAUUCCGAAAUGGUGGCUCUUACCGAUCUAUUUCAAAUACCUCAUGAGUUGUUAAACAUUAAGCCAUUUGCUUUCCGGUUUGCCUUGGCGGGAGCGAAACUCGUUUUGGAGCCAAUCGAUGAGAGUAUGAAGCGCAUUUUUAGGAGCACCGUUUUAUAUGUGACCUUCGAAUUGAUUGUGCAAGCGCCGGAGGGUGUGGGUGCCAUUCAAACCUGUCAGUUAAAACAAAAUUCUAUCAACGUGUUGGAUGUGUUGAAGAAACUAAAGAAUUCCCGUCAAUCCUAUGCCAAGGCGGAGCAACUUCAGAACGACGAUGCAGUGGAGAUACGUUACAUUGAUUCGCCCAGCAAUUUCUAUGUGCAAAAGGUGGACAAUAUCAAAGAAUUUGAGCAGCUUAUGGAUGAAAUGUUUGCCUAUUACAACAUACAUCAGGUGGUGCCUGAUCAAUUGAUCUUGGGUGCUCCCUGCAUAGUGAAAUGCGAUCAGGAAUGGUAUCGGGCAGAGAUUCUACGUGUGGCUGAUUCCACAAUUAUUGUGAAACAUGUGGAUUUCGGUUAUGAGCAAAAGGUGAAGCGUCACCUGAUUGGCAACAUUGCCGAGAAGCAUUUAAAGAUGCCACGUCAGGCCGUGAAAUGUUGCUUAAAGGGAUUCGAGAACAGCGAAUUGAGUCUGGAAAAGAUUACCGAUCAAUUUGAAAUGCUAGCCGAGGAAUCCAAUAUCAGACGACGCACAUUCACAGUGCGGGUCUUUCGCAUAGAACCCGAUGGUCUGAAUGUGGUCAAUCUUCAGGCCAAGAAUCUGAAUGUUAUGAAGAAGCUAUACAAGCUAUCCAUGCCAUUUGAACAGUAUUUGUCGCUAGAGAAGGGCCAGUUUAAUGCCACGCGUUCCGAAACUGAACUGGAGAAGGGACAAGUUCUGAACUCUACCACAGUGGAGAGCGAGGAUCGCAUGCAAUUGCAGAAGCAACACCAACAACAGUUGCAGCAAAUUCAGCAAAAACAACAGCAGCAGCAACAACAACAACAACAGCAGCAAAGUGAGCAACGGGUAAAGAAUACCAACGAUAAUUGGGAGAAACGCAGCUCCGCCUCGAAUAGUUCCAGAGAUAAUAAAAGAAAAGAGGAGAAGCGCACAGUGCCCAAUAAAUUAGAUUCCAGCUUUGAGACGCAAAGCACCAGUAGUUACACCAGCAGCAUGAGUUCGCCACGCAAAAAUAAUCGCCGUAAUCCAGGAGGACGUCUACAAAAUGGCCAAAAGGAAGCUCCAAAUAAGAUGAUACGUUUCAGCCCAACACAAUCGCCACGCAAAGAUCAACCACAGCAGCAACGUCAAGAGCAACGAUCUCAAAAUGCCCCGCAAGGUUUUGCCCAAAAGCCAAUAAGACAAAAAUCCACCUUAGAUGCCAGCAUAAAGCGUUCGAGUGGUGUGGAAAGUGAUUUUGGUUCAUCGGAAUCAUCAUCUAUCACCAAGGCAGAGAAAUAUGUGCCCUUGGACAAGUCGUAUGCCCUGAAAGAAUUGAAAAUUCCAUCUAAAGAUGUGGCCAGUCUAUCCUGGUGGGUCUCACCCUUUCAGUUCUAUGUUGUUUGCAAAUCUCUAGCCAGCAAAUAUGAGCAUUUAUUGCAACGUGAAAUGAAAGAUUUCUAUCGCCAAAAGCCACACAGAACUCUCCAAUUGAAGGUCGGAUCCACUGUUGUGGUUCGUCAGCGCAAAGAGCAUAACAUUUUGCGUGCCACAGUUGUCGCUUGUAAUCAUAUGACCCGUAGAUAUCGUGUAUUUUGCGUCGACACUGGUUGCCUGAUGACUGUUACAUCGGAAGAUGUCUGGCAGUUGGAGCAACGUUUCGCCGAACCACCAUGUUUGGCCCAUCGCUGCAGUUUCCACACUGUGCUCAGUAAUUAUGAUCAUCUCUAUAUUGUCGAUCGCAUGGAGAAAUUUGUUCCUGUCAAUGCCAAAUUGGAAUGUGAAUUUUUAUCCAAACAGACUAGUAAUCAAACUAGUUUCUAUAUUGUCAAUAUGCUGGUCAAUGGGGCAUCUUUACGAGAUUUGCUGGUCAAGGCUGGAUUCCUCAAUGAGGUUUCACCAGAGGUACAAGUUAGUUUGCUGGCUGGUCAACAAGUUCGAGGCAAAUUUACUUCCAUACGUGACAUGAGCAACUUUAAAAUCCAAUUGGAUUUCUACAAAGAUGUCAGUUUUCUAUGCUCCUACGAUGAUGCCAAAUUUGUCAAAUCAAAUCCAGAUCUGGCCAGACGUUUCAAAGAGUUCUAUGAAGGCAAAUCAUUUGCUUUAAAUGUCAAAUCGGUCUGUGAGAAUAAUAUAGUACAUCUGAGACCUGUAAUGCCUUUAUUCAAAGAAGAUCGUAGCGCUUUUGUCUGCAGUUAUCCUGUGGUCCUUAUCACAUUUAAGGCGCGUGUGGUUUACUGUGCCAAGCCCCAUCGUGUGUUUGUCCAGCCCAUGUCUCAGGAAGCAUCAAUGAAAAAACUAUUGGAUGACAUGUUUGAGCAUUAUAAAUCCAGCGGAAAAGGCCUUAAGAAAUUGGAGCCUGGACAAAUAUGCGCUGCCCAUAGUGAAGAUGAUAAUUGGUAUCGGGCUCGUGUGGUGAGCAAGGAUUCAAAUGGAGCGCAAGUGGACGUCUUUUACAUAGACUAUGGCAACACGGAGAAGGUGAAACGUGAGGACAUUAAGAUGCUGGAUGAUAAAUUCUAUGUCAAUGCCAGUGGCUAUGCAAUCGAGAUUAAUUUACCCCUUGGCAAGCACAGCAGUGAGAACAAAUUGAUGGCGAGAGUGGCCGAGAUUUUGGAUGAGCAAGUGGUCACUGUUAAACCCAUCGAAGUGCGUCGUAAUCAUCUGCUGGCAGAUAUUUUGUUGGAGAACAAUCAGAGCGUGGUAGAUACCCUCAAGAUGGAUAAACUUAUCCCAGGCAGAGAUUUGGAUUAUAUGCGCAAACAAUUGGAGAAAGAAAAGCCAUAUAUUUAUGAAUACAUUGAAAUGGUUGAUCUUACCACAGAUGAUGAUGAUGAGAAGAGGAGUAAAGAGAAGAGCAAGCCAGCUGCAGCUGCCUCCUCACCAAAAGCAAAGAAGACUCCACCCCAAAAUAAACCAGAAGUGAAAAAAGUCAUUGAACCUGUAGUAGAGGCAGCCCCAGAACCAGCACGACAAACACCAAUUCCAACACCGACUCCCACACCAGAGCCACCAAUUGCAUCACCUGAGCCAGUUGCCCUGCCUGAGCCGCAGCCCGAGCCCAUAGUUCCCACUCCCCCGCCAGCUGUCGUGGAGGAGGAACCCCAGGAGGAUCGUUAUAAGGGCAUGGAAACUGCCGUUCUCAGUCACUGCGAUAAUCCUGCACACUUCUUUGUGCAUCCCAUUGAUAUUCUCGAUUCACUGAAAAAACUGCAGGAGAAUCUGCAGAUUAUCUCGCGCUCCCUGCCGCAAUUGUCGAAUGCGGUUAAUGGAGGUGAUUGCAUUUCACUUUACUCGGUGGACAAGCACUGGUAUCGUGCCCGGAUCAUGGAUGCCGAGUUGAUGGUCAUUCAAUUUAUUGAUUUUGGCAACACCGAUUGCGUCUCGGAUAUGUCAGAUGUGAAGGAAAGCAUGUGCUCGCACAUUAGUCAAUUCUGUCAACCAUGUGCUUUGCCCAUCGCUCCCAAGGGCACAUCCGAUUGGGUGGAUGCAGCGAAUGGCAUUUUCAACGAUUCCUUUUCGAAAAUCUUACGCUAUAAAUUUUUGACACAUGGUGACUACCAGACACCCAGUUAUGUCGAACUCUACAUAGAUGAUGUGGAUGUGGCCAAGAAACUGAUUGCCGAUGGCUUUGCCAAACCCUUGGAGUGUGUGGAAAGUGAUUGCAGUUGUUACAUCUCGCAUGUGAAUGGAAUCUGCGAGUUCUACAUACAACUUGAACGCGAUUCGAAAGCUCUGGAGCUGAUUGAGAUGUAUUUGCGGGAUGCAGAACAGCAAUUGAAGCCUUUGGAACGUUUUGAAAAGGGCGAAAUAGUGGCCGCUAUGUUCGAAGAGGAUGAAUUGUGGUAUCGAGCGGAGUUACUUAAACAAUUGAAUGAUACUCAGUAUGAAGUUCUUUUUAUAGACUAUGGUAACACUUCAAUUACAACCAAAUGUCUUAUACUGUCUGAGGAGAUUGCCAAGUUACCUAAAUUGUCAAAGAAAUGUUCACUACAGUUGCCGGAAUCAUAUACCCAAUGGUCCAAAGAGGCUGAAGCCAAAUUUCUUGAACUUACAGGCGAGGGCGAAUUGGUAUUUACCACAAAAUUGUUGAAACCAGCCCAGGAUCAUGUUGUUAUUGAUCUACUACUCGAUGAAGUGAAUAUUAUAGAUCAAUUGCUGGCACUUUGCCCGAAAAAGGCCAUCAAAACAGACGAUGAAUCACCCGCUAAAACUUUGUCAGCCACUCGCAUGAAUGCCAUUAUAACCCAUGUGGAUCAUGUCUAUUGUUUGUACCUGCAAUUGCAUGAGAACGACGUACUUAUUGAAAAUAUUUCCAAAAAGCUCAAUGGCGAGAAGAUGGAAUUGAAGAAGAGUGCUCCAGAAGUUGGUCAGAUGUGUGCCGUUCAGUUCGACGAAGAUCAAGAGUUUUAUCGAGCUAAAAUCCUGGAAAUGUUUGAUGGCAAAUAUCGCGUUGUCUUCAUAGAUUUUGGCAAUGAGACUCUGACAGAUGAAUUAUAUGAAUUAUCCCCGGAUCUGGUCCAAAUUAAACCUCUGGCUGAGGUCUAUAGCCUAGAGCCGUCUGCCAUAUUUGAGAAGAAUAAAUUCAUGACUUGCAAGGCGUUGAACACCCUCUUGGACACCUGUAAUGGUGAAGUUAGGAUAGAAAUCAUCAACAAGACAUCCAAUCCUCCAAUUAUCAAUGCCCACAUCAAAGAAGUGAAUGGCCUCAGUUUGAGUGGCCAGUUGCAGAAGCUUUUGGAGAGUGAAUUCAAGUUAAUCGAGGCCAAGGCAAGUGAAAGCAAGGAGUGCAUCAUAUCCCAUGGUGGUUCACCCAAAAGUUUCUACAUACAGCUUAAGAAGAACUCUGCGGACUUGGAUUAUGUCGUGAAGACGCUAAAGGACAUUAAGAGUUCUGAAUUAAAGAUUUUGUCUAGACCUACGGAGAAGUUAAUGUGCAUCGUCUACUCGCAGGAGGACAAUUGUCAUUAUCGUGCUUGUAUUGAAUCAGUCCAAAAUGAUGGCAAAGAUUUUGAGGUAUUCCUCAUUGAUUAUGGCAACCAAAUUCACGUACAGCAGGUUUAUCAACUCCCCGAUGAACUUUUGACAUCAUCUUUGGCUCUGCACUGCCAAUUGAGUGAUUUGCCUCAAGAUAUUCCCGACUCGAAACUAGAUGAAGCCUUCAAUGCUCUGUUGGAGCAACACUUUGGUGAAGUCUAUGAGAUUAAUACAGAAAUCGAUGAAACAGCUGCGAAGAUUCAUGAAGUAAAGUUGCUUAUCAACUACAAGGACUUGGCUCAGGAACUGGCCAGCACUGUGGCUGGCGUACAGAAACCACUCGAAGCAGAGCUUCACAAUUGCAUUGUGGUUCAAUAUGACGAUCCCACUUCGUUUUAUGUGCAAAUGGAGAAGGAUGUGCCGGCUCUGGAGCAGGUCACUGAUAAAUUGCUUGAUGCUGAAAACGAUUUGCUGCCCUUCACGGACAUGACGGUUGGCGCCCUGUGUGUUGCCCAAUUUCCCGAGGAUGAGGUGUUUUAUCGUGCCGAAAUUGUCAAAGUUCUCGAUGAUGGCAAGUGCGAAGUGCAUUUUAUUGAUUUCGGCAACAAUGCUGUCACCCAACAAUUCCGCCAGAUGCCCGAGGAUUUGGCUAAAUUGCCGCGUUACAGCAAACACUGUGAGCUGGACGCAGCCAUCAUAUCGAAGUGCAAUCUGAGUGAUCUGCAGGCGUUCAUCGAUAAGCGUUUCUCCGAGACAUUCCAGGUGGAGGUGUUGGCCAUCAAGCAGGAGGACACUCAUGUGGUAAAACUUUUUUACCAGAGUACAAACAUUAAUGAGAAACUACGUGAACAGGACUAAUAGAAAGAGGGAGAGGGAUCACAAAUCUUUUCCCAUAACUCAAGAAUAUAUAAUUUUGCAAGAAAAUUGUGAUUAUGUUGGUCAAGACCAAUCCACAAACGAUGUAUUAACCAAUUCCACAUCGGAUGAAUAAGUUAAAAACUGAUUCAAGCCAUGAGGAAAUGGCAAAAGAAGGCUCAGAUAUUAUUUCAAAAUGUUGUUAGCCAAGAUGGCAAAGGCUUCAUUUAUUUUUCACAGGAAAACCAAAAUGAAUGCUUUAAUAUUAUUUCAAUCAAAAUAAAAUAUUAAUAUUACACAAAAAACGAAUGAAAAUACGAACAAAAGAAAAACAAACAAAAAAAAAAACGAAAAAACACAAAAUCCUAAAAAAAAAAAACAAACGAAAAAACAAAACCCAAAAAAAUGGUAUGUGAACAUUUAGAUAAUUUUGAACUAACAAUUUGUUAGCGGGACGAUUUAUUAAUUUUAAUUUUUUGCUCAAGCUUGCUAAACAAGCGAAAAAAAACAAACAAGAAGAUGAUGAAGAUGGAGAAGAGAAUUUUGGAGCAAUUGAUGAAGAAUAUAUUGCAAUAUUUCAUGAGAAUUAUUAUUUAUUUACUCUUAUUACAUCUUUAUUUUUUGGUUUAUUUUAUUUUUCUUUUCUUUUUAUUCCUUUUGAUUAAACACUUUCUUCUUAAGAAAACAAAGAAUAA